AUGUCAGACCCUCGAAAGUAUACCAUUGGCUGGAUCGCGGCCCUAACGUCUGAAGGCGUCGGCGCAGAGAUCUUCCUCGACGAGAAGCACGAGUCUCCCGGGCGUCCUUCGCGCGAUGACAACAACUACACAGUAGGCCGGAUCGGCAGGCACAACGUCGUCAUCGUCACGCUCCCGGACGGGGAGUACGGGACGGCCGCGGCGGCGAGCGUAGUCGUUGACAUGGUGCGCACCUUUGUCAACGUGAACGUCUGCCUCAUGGUCGGGGUUGGCGGGGGCGCCCCCUCAAAGCGGCACGACGUACGACUCGGUGAUGUCGUCGUCGGGGUCCCCAGUGGCGGCGUGGAGGGCGUGGCCCAGUACGACGUCUGGACCGGCAUGCAGACCGGGGUUUUUCAGAGGGCGAAGCGCCUGAACCAGCCGCCGCCGAUCCUGACCGCCGCCGCCAGCAGCCUCCAACGGGCUACCAAGGGCAGGCUGAGCCUUGUCCUGCAGAACGACAUUGACGGGGCCCUCGAUAAGAUCUGGCGGCGCAAGAAGUACACGCGCCCCCCGCAAGCAACCGACAGGCUGUACAGGUCAACCUUCGAACACGUGCGGGACCCAGGAUCCCUCUGCGACAGCUGCGAUGCGUGCGGGGGCCACCCGGCCUCCUUGGAACUCCGGAAGGAGAGACGCGGAGAGGAUGCCAACGCGCCCGUCGUCCAUUAUGGGCUCAUUGCUAGCGGCAAUGCACUCAUUAGGAAUCCCCACGUGCGCGACGAGCUGGCUCGGUCCAAGGGUGUGGCAUGCUUCGAGAUGGAGACGGCUGGUAUCGCAAACUAUGUCCCCUGCCUCGCCAUACGCGGCAUCUGCGACUACUCCGAUUCGCACAAGAACAAGAACUGGCAGGGCUAUGCUUCCAUGGCGGCGGCGGCGUACGCCAAGAAUCUCAUACUCCAUAUUGGAUCCGAUAGGGCCAGUGUACCCGUCACCCGUGUGGGUAGGCACUGA